GUAGCAUAUUUGGUGUUAAUUAUAGCAUUGUAAUGUACCAUCCGCCACCGGUUCAAAAACAUUUCGGUACAUUGGUAUAUUUGUGAUAUUGUUGGUAAUGAUCUGAAAGGUAUUACCGGUAUUAGACAGUUUGUGUAUGGAAUUUCAACCUAACGAAAACAAAAAAUCUACUGGUCGUCAAAAAUUGUGUUCGAAGUGUAUUCCGCCAUCUUAAUUGAGCACAAAAAAGCAUAAAUUUGAAUUAUUUUUUGCCAUUUUGGACGUGUUAAUUAUAACUUUAACAACUAUUUGGAUAAUUAGACUAUGUCUGAGCAUUUAAACAAAACGUUAACAUAGCUAUGGCUGCGACGCGAAAGUUGCAAGGAGAAAUAGAUAGAUGUCUCAAAAAAGUAACCGAAGGUGUUGAUACAUUCGAAGAUAUUUGGCAAAAAGUACAUAAUGCCACUAACAGUAACCAAAAGGAAAAAUAUGAAGCAGAUCUCAAAAAAGAAAUCAAAAAGUUGCAACGGCUGCGCGAUCAGAUUAAAGCAUGGAUUGCAAGUGCCGAAAUUAAGGACAAAAGUUCCUUGCUGGAGUAUCGGCGACUUAUAGAAACUCAAAUGGAACGUUUCAAGGUGGUCGAACGCGAAACGAAAACUAAGGCGUACUCGAAAGAAGGCUUGGGUGCUGCACAAAAACUGGACCCAGCGCAACGCAUGAAAGAUGAUGUACGAACAUGGCUCAAUCAAUCAAUCAGUGCCCUUCAAAUUCAAACCGAGAAACUGGAAAGCGAAAUCGAAUCCCUCCUUGCUGGUAAGAAGAAACGUCUCGACAAAGACAAGCAGGACCGAAACGACGAACUGCAAGCUACACUGAAACGGCACCGGUUUCACGUGAAAAAGCUCGAAAUGCUGCUGCGAAUGCUCGACAAUGAUGGCGUCGAAGUGGAGCAAAUACGUCGAAUUAAGGAUGACGUUGACUACUACAUUGAUUCGUCUCAAGAUCCCGAUUUUGAGGAGAAUGAAUACCUCUAUGACGACAUUACCGGCUUGGACGAGGUGGAAAUGUCUGGCACUGGCGCCAUUGACGGAAACGAGGAGAACGACGAGGAAGAUUCGUCUAGUUUAAUAUCCGGUUCGAGUCCCGUCAUGACGCCUACGAUUGACUGUAAUGUGAAUUUCAAUCAUAAUAGCGAAACGGCGUCGGUGGAAUUCCCUGAACGGAAGAAUAAAACCGAAAACGCUGUUGGCAGUAAAGUAACGCCCGUGAAGCCGACUGCAGUGCGAGCAACAAAGACCGAUCUAAAUGCAACAGUGACACCAUCCAGCAAUUCGUCGACUGCGAAACCAGUGGUUGUGUGUACAACGCCUAGUAAAACAACGACACAAACAAUGUCGCUAGCACCAGCUCCGCCACUAAAUGUAUCCGCUACAAUCGUGUCGUCAUCGUCAUUGUCCACAUCGUUUCAGCCAACUGUUCCGGUUGCAUCAUCCAUUGCAUUUGCUGCUGUCGCCAAGCAUAACACAUCACAAGAGAACGGGCCCGUUAUGAAUCAAUUUUCAGCGUUUGCGGUCACACUUACCACCACAUCGACCACAUCGCUGCCAAUUCAAUCAACUCAUGCAAAUCAGCCUGUGAUAAAUACCAUACAAUCGAUUCAAGCGCCAGUAUCAAAUGCCGUGUCAGCAGCAAACAAUAUUCUUACGUCAUUACCAAAUUCAACACCAUCGUCUGUUUCCGACAGCCAUACAAUUAUGACUUCCAUAACCAGUACAACCACCAGCAAUUCGAUAGCUAACUGUGUAUCACCAACGAAUUCGAUUGUCAGCAGUCGAACAUCCCCGUCAUUAACAUCCCCAAAGCAACAGCAGCAACAGCAACAACAGCAACAGCUUCAGCAGCAGCAGCAUCAACAACAGCAACAUUUGCUUAAUGGUCCUACGUCAGCAAUUCCAGGCACAGUAAAUAACAAAACCAUAUCGAUGCCAUCCGCUGAACCAUUGAAAACGAUCGCACAGGAAGCGGUUAAUCGAGUGGGCUUGGAGAAUAGUUCCCCGCUACUGCCAAUUCCAGUCGAUACGAGACAACUGUUCCCCGAACAGAACGUCUCCAACGGACCAAAUCCAAAUAGUUUAACAUCAACAAAUAUUGUUAAAGUUGUCGGUACUAAUGAAGCGCACAUACCGCCACUGUUAGGCGUAGCGCCAUUAGGAACGUCCCCGCUUCAGAAGGAACACCAAUUACAAUUCCAAAUGAUGGAACAAUCGUAUUACCAUUUACCUACGCCAAGUGAUUCAGAACGAUUACGAGCGUACCUGCAUCGACAACCCGUGCAAACGCCAGCCCAUUAUCCACAAUCUCAACUGCCACACUCUGACACUGUUGAGUUUUUCCAACGUCUAUCAACGGAGACAUUAUUCUUUGUGUUUUACUACAUGGAAGGAACAAAAGCGCAAUACUUAGCAGCUAAGGCCCUGAAAAAGCAAAGUUGGCGAUUCCAUACGAAGUACAUGAUGUGGUUUCAACGGCAUGAAGAACCGAAAAUCAUCAACGAAGAGUUCGAACAGGGAACUUACAUCUACUUCGAUUACGAAAAGUGGGGUCAACGAAAAAAGGAAGGUUUUACUUUUGAAUACAAGUACUUAGAAGACAGGGACCUGAAUUGAUCAAUGAUGAUGAUAUGUGUUUUUUGGGUAAAACGAAAUUUGAAUCGAUGCGAGUCCAUGAAUUAAUUAAAACCACAACAACAAAUUUCGUUCAUCCAAAUGGACAGCAGAGAAAAAAUAUGAGAUAGAGAGAGAGAUAGAGAAGAGAGAAAGAAUUGAGAAAACACAAAACUAAAUAAAUUUUUUUAAGAAAAGAAAAACCUUAAAAUAAUAAAAUCAACAACAAAGAAAUGAUGUUUAGUUUUGCGUAAAAAGUUCUUAUCAUCAUCAUCGGAUGCAAUUUUGCUAAUUUCGAAAGAGAGAAAAAAGAACAUUUAAAAUGGCCACUAUGAUUGCGCAGUGAUACAUUUUUUAAAUUUAAUUUUUUUUUUAGUUUUUAAGAGUAAAAGCGCAGAACUUUUCCAUGAAAAUAAAAUUUGUUUUGUUUCAUUUCACACACAAAAUCAAUUAAUCAAAGUGUCAACUCAACCACGAAUCAGUAUAACUAAUGUCGAUUGAAUGCUUUACUUCGGACAAAUCUCUUUUUAUUCGUUUUUGGAAUAUUUCCUUUCUGCCGAGGACCUUCCUCUUUUUCUGUUUUCAGUCAUAUGUUUUUUUCGCUUUGACUCGCACGAAUCUCAAUCACAUUCACACACACACAUACAUACAAACACACACAUACACCACUUGUGCUUUUAUCAGAAUAUAGAAGAACGAAAGAUUAAAUUACAAUGAAUUCACUCUCAAAAUGGUCAUUUUAAAACGCUUUUCAUGACGGUUCAAUCUUCUGCAUUUGAAAAACAAAAACCUACAAAUUUCGAGAAAUGACGGCAUCAACUUUGAGCAAAUUUACGGAUUUGCUGAGACAACACAAAAAAUCUUAUUAAAUCU